GUCGUAUCGUAAUUUAACCCUACGAGAAGAAGAAGCUGUAUAGUUUGGAGAAGGAAGAGAAAGAGAGAGAGAGAAGCAGUUUUUUUUUUAAGAAGACGGAAGAGGAACAAUGGCGGUAGAAGAUACUCUCAAGCCUGUUGUUACGGAAGAAGCGAACCCUAAUUCUACAGAGAAACCGAUUGAUCGAUACCACGAGGAAGGGGACGAUGCUGAGGAAGGAGAGAUAGUCGGCGGAGAAGGAGACGGAGACGUGGACGAAUCGGGCAAAUCCGCCGUUCCUGAAUCGCAUCAGUUGGAGCAUUCGUGGACUUUCUGGUUCGAUAACCCUUCUGUUAAAUCGAAGCAGACCACUUGGGGAAGUUCCUUGCGAUCCGUCUUCACUUUCUCCACCGUCGAGGAAUUCUGGAGUUUGUACAAUAACAUGCGGCAUCCGAGCAAGCUAGCUGGAGGAGCUGACUUCUACUGUUUCAAACACAAUAUCGAACCUAAGUGGGAGGAUCCUAUUUGUGCAAAUGGAGGCAAAUGGACUAUGACCUUCCCUAAGGAGAAGUCUGAUAAGUGCUGGCUUUACACCUUGCUUGCGUUGAUUGGAGAGCAGUUUGAUCAUGGAGAUGAAAUCUGUGGAGCUGUUGUUAACAUUAGAGGAAAGCAAGAAAGGAUAUCAAUUUGGACCAAAAACGCUUCCAACGAAGCUGCUCAGGUGAGCAUUGGAAAACAAUGGAAGGAGUUUCUUGAUUACAACAACAGCAUCGGUUUCAUCAUCCAUGAGGAUGCAAUGAAGCUGGACAGAAACGCAAAGAGCGCUUACACCGCUUGAAACAGUCCCGGCUCUAACUUAUGGCGAGUGGGGCGACCCCUCCUGGGUCUAGCACCGAGUUUUUUUUUCGUUUUAUGUAUCAAAAUUUGAUAAUAGAAAAGCCCAUGACCUAUUAUCUUUUUUAAUAUAGUAUGCGAGACACAAAAUGGAGAGGUCAUUCAAAAUUCCAUUUUCCAUAUAGUAUAUGAUUUCUUUUACCUAAUAACAUCACACUUGA